AUGUGUAUACACGUUGCGUGUAUACGUCUAUCGUUGCUCUCAACCUGCCGACUAACACAUUUGUCUAGAAAGGGAUGCCAGAGCACCUGUGAUCGCAAGUCUGACUGCAACCCUGGUUGGGCGAGCAACGAUUUUAGCAAAGGAGAUAAAUGCCCCCUUAAUGUCUGUUGCAGCAAGCACGGCUUCUGUGGCUAUACCGAGGAGUUUUGCAAGGGCAAUGAAGUCAAGAGGCCCUCGUGCUCCAUCAGUGACACUCCCGUAGACCGAGUUAUUGGAUACUAUGAGGGGUGGGCAACUUCCAACCGCCGCUGUAAUGCCCUGCGACCAGAAGAGAUUCCCUAUGGCGCCUACACCCAUCUCAUCUUCAGCUUCGCCACCAUCAAUCCCAAGUCGUUCGAGGUCUCGCCCGGCAACUACGAGACCGAGGACAUGAUGGAGAGAAUUGGUACCAUGAAGCUCCUCCAGCCCGAUCUCAAGAUCUGGGUUGCCUUUGGCGGCUGGGCAUUCAACGACCCCGGACCAACCCAGACAAUCUUUAGCGACGUGGCUGCCUCCGAGGCCAACACUGAGACGUUCCUCAGCUCGCUCGUCAAGUUUAUGGAUAAGUUUAACUUUGAUGGCGUGGAUAUUGACUGGGAGUAUCCUGUCGCUACCGACCGCCACGGCCGUGAUGAAGACUAUGAGAACAUUGUCACUUUCAUGAAGAAGCUCCGAGCACGCAUGGAUAAGUACCGCAGAGGCGUAUCCAUGGCCCUGCCUGCUAGCUACUGGUACCUCCAGCACUUUGACAUUGUUAAGCUUGAGGAACACGUCAACUGGUUCAACCUUAUGACGUAUGACAUGCACGGCGCCUGGGAUAUCGACAAUAAGUGGACUGGUCCAUGGGCGAACUCGCACACCAACCUAACCGAUAUUCAGCUUGGCUUGGAUCUCCUAUGGCGCAACAAAAUCAGCCCCAGCAAAGUCACCAUGGGAAUGUCCUACUAUGCACGUACCUUCACCCUGACAGAUCCCGGCUGCAACAAGCCCGGCUGCCGCGUUAGCUCACCCGGCGAGGCAGGCAAAUGUUCCGGCACGGCCGGUGUGCUGCUCCACCCCGAGAUUCAGGACAUCAUCUCCAAGAACAAUUUGAAGCCUGUGCUUGACCGGGAAGCUGCCGUCAAGACCGUCUCAUGGGGCAACCAGUGGACCUCGUUUGAUGAUGCUGCAACUUGGCGCCUCAAGGCUAACAAGCUGCGCGGCCAGUGCAUCACGGGCUUCAUGGUGUGGGCCAUUAGCCACGAUGACGAGUUCGGCACCAACGCCGAGGCUCUGGCUUCUGUUCUGGGUCGCAAAAAGCCUGACUUUCCCAACUUUACCAUCCGCCCCAAGGUGGAAGACAGUCCCGAUCUUGAGUCCAAGACGUGCCGUUGGACAAGCUGCUUCGAGGGCUGCCCGUCUGGAUUUAAGGAGGUCCAGCGCGACGGCCACAAAGAGAUUAUGCUGGACACAACGCCCUGCUUUGGCAAGGCUUGCUGCAGCGAUACCUUGGUCACGUCCCUGUACAGCAAAUGCGUCUGGACCGGAUGCACUGGCCAGGGCAAGGAUGCUUGUACGGGCAAUAACCCGCAUUUCCUCACUUCCAGCAGCGUGGGCUCUGGUGGUAUGAAAGCCUGCAGCAAAGGCGAGAAGAGAAGUCUCUGCUGCGUCUCCCCGGCGCCCUACGAUGUUGCUGGCAAAUGCGAGUGGCGAAAGAAGGCCGGAUUUCUCAACGCGGAUAAUGAGAAGCUCCUCUGCGAAGGUGCAUGCUCGUCGAACCAGCUGAUGAUGGCCCGAGAGAGCGGCCUCAUUAUUGGUAGCGAAGGCGGCGACGGCUGCUAUGGCGAUCUCGCCUUCUGCUGCACGGAACCCGAAAAGUUGAAGCCUCGAGAUGAAGACCCUGGCUCGUCACAGGGUCGCGAGUUCCAGGCUCUGAUCCGUAAAUACAUGGAGAACCCGACCUGUCCCGCUACCAUUCUCUUCCCUCAACUCCAUGACAAGUUUGUUCGUAAGCGCUCCUUGGAGUUCGAGGCAGCCGAAUACAACGUAUUGCGCGCCAGAGCAAAGGAUUGCACUCUAGAUACCUGGGUCCGGCUGCUUCAAUACGCAACGCUGGUGUUCUCGGUCAGCCGCGCUGGCAUGGAUCCCCUCGUUAAGGUCUGGGAUAAGGAAUUUGCCGGCAACUAUGACAAACAGCUGGAGUACAAUAACCUCCACGCAUUUUUGUUGAAGUAUAAAGAUUAUGAGCCUCGCAGUGUCGUGGAGUGGGUGCUCUACAACCCAACUCGAGCCGGACCAGGCAUCAGAGGUGCGGAUGCCGCCAGCCAGGCACUAUGCCGAGUUCCAGGCUCCAAGGCCCGUAACAUUCCCGAGUCCACCAUCUCUAAUAUUGACAGCAGAAAGAUUGACGCGUGGGGGGGCGGGUCGGGUUACAUUCCCGCCUUAGACACGAUCCUAACUGCCAUUAUUAGCGGAGCCAUCUCGCUGCAUUAUGCUCGCUGGCAGUAUUAUCAAAGCUCCCAAAACGGAAACGUCCCAGGGCCUAUGCUUGAGAUGGCGUACUGGCUUGGCCGCCAGCCUGGCCAUGAGAACAGCGAAGACAUUUCAGAAUACCAAGAUCAGACGCCGCGACCACGCUGGCCAUCAGAUCGCUGGGUUCUCUUCCACCUUCACAUCGAUCCAUCAAACCGGAACUGGCUGAUAAGUGAAAACGGAAACACGUAUGUCGGCGUCAGCAACUUCCGUGUCAUGCACGGCCAGUACUGGAUGCAUGGAAGGAACGGCCAAGCGUGGCGUGUAUCUCACAGCAACGGCAUAUACAACUCGCGUGACGGGUUCUCCUGUCCGGAAGAGCUCGGUAGCCUCUGGUACGUUGGAUCUAGAAUAACGCUCCCGGACGAUCAGCCCGAAUGGGCAAGAUUGCUUCACCAAUGGGGUGAGAUGAUCUAUCGUCAGGGGUACGUCGGCAACCGCGGCCUGAGAAUGAUCAUUGAGCCGCCACAGGGUGGAAGCCGCGCCGAAGUCAACCCUCAUAACCCAGGAGAACUGUCUCGUGGAGUAAUGGGUACAUCGGUAGUCGGAGGAAAUAACCCGUACGAAAUCAACUUCAUCUUGUCGGACGAAGGAUACGAAUUUACCUCUCCUCCUCCCCCGCAAGACCGUGAAGAUCCAGACACUCCGGCCUGA